AUGGCUCCCCACGCUCUUCUCAUUCCUCUUCCUGCACAAGGUCACGUUAAUCCCAUGAUGCAGCUCGCCUGGAAGCUCGUCUCUAAUGAAUUCUUCGUCACUUUCCUCAACUCCGAUAGCAAUCAUAACCGCAUCCUCACAGCCAACACUCCAAAUUCCUUCUUUGAUAACAUCCGAAUGAUAUCCGUUCCCGUUGAAAUCCCGCCUAUUGAUACUCUGAAAGGCAUUGAAAAUGGAAUUGAGGCGUUGGCAAAGGACAUGGGGCCUUCUGUAAUUGAUAGAGUCAUUCAGGAAAUAAACGCCAGGGAAGAAGAAAACAAGGUCACUUGUAUAAUUGCAGACGUCUGGAUGUGCUUUGGCUUGCAACCAGUAGCCACGCUCCAUAAACUUCCCCUCGCCGCUUUUCACACUUCUCCUGUUUCACUCUUCGCCAUGCGCUACUUUAGUGCCCAUCUUGUCUCGCUUGGCAUCCUUCAUUCUGAUGGAAUUGCAAAGGAAGAAAAAAGAAUGAAAUAUCUUCCCUGCAUGCCGGCGCUGCAUUCUGGAGAUCUUCCGUGGUUGUGGGCAGGCGAAUACAUGUUUCGGAAAGGGAUUCGCAUGGGAGAAGAAAUCAAGGACAUCAAAUGGGUCCUCUUCAAUUCUUUCUCAGAGAUUGAAGCUCCAGUAGUGGAAACUUUGGCAGGUCUGAGCGAAAAGCAAUUGGAAGAGCUUGCUCUGGGAGUGGAGGCCACACGGAGAUCAUUUUUGUGGGUUGUGCGCUCCGAUCUAAUGAAAGGAAGCAAAGCUAUUUUACCUGCUGGCUUCUUGGAGCGCGUGAGAGAUAGAGGUUGCUUAGUUUCGUGGGUGCCACAGUUAGAGGUGUUAUCUCAUCCUUCCAUAGCCUGUUUUGUGACUCACUGUGGAUGGAACUCUGUACAGGAAAGCAUCACCAUGGGCGUGCCCUUGCUUUGUUGGCCUCAUUUUUCAGACCAAUUUCUUAACCGCACGUAUGUUGUGGACGUGUGGAAAUUGGGCCUGUCAUUCAAUGCGAAUAGCCAAGGAAUUAUAGAGCAGGGGGAAUUUGUGAAAAGUGUGGAGAUUUUGCUGGAAUCGGAACAAGGCCUGGAGAUCAGAGAGGAAGCGAAAAAAUUGAAGAUAAUUGCUAGGGAUGCAGUCAAGGACGGGGGCUCCUCAUCGAAUAACUUUAAUCUAUUUGUCACUGCCAUGAAGCGACAACCGAAUGAAUGA